AUGGAAGACCGGUGCUCGUCUUCCAUGGGGAAGACUAGCAGAUCUGGUCUUCCUCAAGGAAGACGAUCUCGUCUUCCAUGGAAGACCGACUUGCAUGAAGAAUUAGGGAUUUUCAUUGCUCAGUUCCUUCUCCCCAAAUUCGCCCCUAAUUUCCUAUUUCGUGUAAUUUGCUCUCUCCUUCUGAAAUUGCUUUGUGGUGCUCGAGUCUGCAAUACCUGUAUUCGGUUCAUAUCCCCCAUGGAUUUCCCUAAUCCAAAAGCAUAUAAAAGGGCUCCGCUCUCCACAGAAAAAAUUUCAUACUCUCAAUCCCUUAAGGAGCAAAACCCACCCUUGCAUUGUCUAAAACUCCUGGUGCUCCUGCUCCUUCUUAUGGCAGACCCGAAGCGCACAAACACCUCCAUUCCUCGGAAGAAGAAACCAACCACCAAGAAAAUCAGCUUAACCCCGGUGCUUGAAGAAGAUGUGGACACCCAGGUGAUAUCGGGACAGAACUUUACCAGCCCUCGGCCUAUUGGUCCAUUGGUGAUCAGAGAACCUGAUUAUAAUGUAGUAGCUCAAUCUCAAGAGCGGCACUGUUAUGGGAAAGGCAAGCAGAAGCUUUUCCAGGAGGAUGGAUCCCAGACUCAAGGGGGGACGUUGAAUGGAAAUCACAUGUUCCACAUGAUUGAUAUUAAUGCCCCUUUGUUGGUCAGCAGAGGUGAGGCCUCCUCAUCUAGACAACAGCCAACUGGAAACAGCCCCGCCUUUCGGAGUCCGACGCAGAAGAGCCCAGUCUCAGAAAUGAUUAACCAAACUGUGCAACUCAAAAUCACCGAACCGUCCUUGAUUCUUCAUGUCAAAGCAGAGUCACAUUCAGGAGGGAAGAGAUGGAUGCUGGCACUCAAAGUGAUUUCCAAGAAGAUCUUCAGUAUUACCACAGUUAAGAGUGACAUUCAAGACAAAUGGAAGUUGAGGGGGGAAUUUGCGAUGGCAAAGCAUGACAUGAAUAUGUUCUCUCUUCGUCUUUCUACCCAAGAGGACUAUGACAUGGUCCUGGAAGAGAGACCCUGGUGCAUUCAUAGCCAACUCGUCAAUGUGAAGGAAUGGCCAAGUGACAUCCCUAUGUCUGACGUGGACUUUACAACUUCCCCAUUCUGGAUCCAGAUGAAGGGCCUGCCUCCAAACCAGAUCAACGAAGAGAAUGGUCUAUUGAUUGCUGGCCUAUUUCACAGGUUCCUUGAGCUAGAUAUGGACCCUUUUGCGCCUCUCUGGAGACAGCAACUCCUUCGUCUUAGAGCAGAGGUAUCAGUGACUGACCCCUUCUUGGCUGGUUUCAAUAAUGUGGUUGCAGAUGGAAAGAAAGUGUGGAUAAAAUUCAGAUAUGAGAAGCUCCCAGACAUAUGCUUCUAUUGCGGAAUGUUAGGGCAUAACAGAAACUUUUGUGACACUAAAAAUAUGGAGGAGCAAGCUGGCACUGCUUUCGUGGGUAAGUACAGAUAUGGAUUGUUCAUGAGGGCAUCUCCCAUGGUUCGUGCCAGAGAGCUAGCCCAGGUCAUCGAGGCCAAACGCCGAAUCCAGGAGCUGCAACAGGAACUGGCCAACAAUGCUGGAGUCUUCAACACUGGCUUGAAUGGGAACCAGCUGGAGCCUUUCACAGAUCAGGAGUUUGUGAAUACUGACCUAUAUAUGAAUGCUGAUUAUUUCAAUAAUGUCACAGAUUUUCAGAUCCCCCAGGACCCUCACGUCUCAAAUUUCCUACAAGCAAGCUUUUCAGAACUCACCAACAUGGAGCCUACUGAUAUUCAUCCGCUCAUUCACACGAGGACAACAGCAACACACAUUUCAGAGAUCACUCCUAACCCACAGAAACUGUUGCACCAGACGACCCAUCAGAACAUGAGGCUCCCCAAAGGCAUCCUAAACCAAUUAACUCCCCAGGUUCAAAAAAAGAUCACUGGUGUGGCUGAUCCCAGAGAUAUCCCUAUGGAAAAUCAAGUGGAGCUUGUGGUGAAAUAA